GUGCAAAAUACAGGUAUAAUAUCAAUAAACAUGCACUUUGUAAGUUAUGAUAUGCAUGUGAUAUCAUAAAGUUUAUAACCUGGGGUAUCUGCAGACUACUGGUACCGAAGUUUUGGUGUUGGUUUUACUUGGUGUUAACUUUGAAGUGCUGUGGACAUGGGGAUAACUGGAUUUGACAGAGAAAAACGCUGUCACCGUGUAGUGUGAGGUAUUCUUGGGUGCUUUCGCCACGGAUGCGUAGCCAACAGGUUGGCGUAAACACAUUGUAGGUCUGUUAGUAUUUGAAUAAGCUAGAGUAUAUGAUAAAGCGCAUUGUUCAAUCAUUGGAUUGUCAUCAUCAACGCGAUAUAUACUCAACAUGGCGAGAAGUCUACUGAUCAUCGCUGUGCUGGUGGUUGUGUUCCACGAGUCGUACGGUCGCCCGUCGGAGUCGAUAGCGUGGAAGAGCUGGAAGGCGCAGCAUGGUAGACGGUACUCGACGAAGGAGGAGGAGCUCGUCCGAUGGAAGACAUGGGUCAAGAACAACCGACUCGUUGACGAGAACAACAGAGCUUACGGUGAGGGAAGACGGUCGUUUAAGAUGGCGAUGAACAGGUUUGCGGAUCAGGAUAUGAGUAAAAUUCGGAACAAGUUUGACGUGAAAGCCAAACUACUCAAUACAGAAAGAAAGUGGAAGUCGUCAGUGACGUCAUCAUCGUCAUCGACUGUACCGUCAUCAUGGGAUUGGAGAAAGGAGGGCAAGGUCAAUCCUGUCCGGAACCAAGGCCAGAUGAAUUCAGCUCUGUCGAUGAAUGUAGCUGAUGCCGUAGCUAGCUACUCGUCCAUCUACGACCAGACUUACCUGUACGCACUUUCCGUCGACGAAGUGGUCGACUGUUGUCUUCCUGAUCCCAUCGAAGACCCUCAUGUUUUCGACUGCGUGCAUGAUCACGACGGGCUCUGUCAGUACGGUUCCUAUCAUUCUGGCUCUGCUCCGAACUUCUGCAAUAACGCAUCGUGUAAGGCCGUCGCAUCGUGUAACGUUGGUAAGUCCGUAACUCAAGGUAACGAAUCUGCACUCGCUGAAGCAGUCUACUUCACACCCGUCGUGGUAGCCAUAGACGCAAGCCAGCCGUCUUUCCAAUUAUACAUCAGCGGCGUGUACAGUGAUCCCAACUGCUCGUCGACGCAAUUGGAUCAUUCCCUGUUGUUGGUAGGCUACGGUGUUUCUUCGGUGGGGACCGAGUACUGGAUAUGCAGGAACACAUGGGGAGAAGAAUGGGGAGAGAAUGGCUAUAUCAACAUUGCCAGGAAUCACAACAAUAUGUGUGGUAUCGCAACGGACGCUAUUUACCCGUCAAACAAGUAAAUGCAUUGGCCACGAAGCACUGACCCCCCAACCAACCACCUUUUUAAAUGACAAACAGGAUGGAAAAUAGGAGAGAAAGGGGAGGGCGAGAAGUGGAAUAGAACAGAAGACGAUGCUACAUCCUCCAACACCCUCCAACACCCUCCCCCUUAACUAAUUGUCCUCAGUGUUAAUUUCAUCCGAGUGGUGCCCCUCCCCCACCUUUACCAUGAUUUGAUCCACGCUUUACAAGUGCGUAACGGUUGCGUCGAGUAGUGUUGUUGUUGUUGUUGUUGAGGUAAUAUGGCUGUCCAAUCUGAACAAAUUAUUUCGGCCUGACUAUACUGUUUUUCACUGUGUUC